UCUAGCUCAGUUUCACCCAACUUGCAGAUAUUGAUCUUACAUUACAUGGCAAAACAAUAACAACCUUGUUCCAAGAAAAUAAAAAUCCUAAAUUUAACCCCAAGCAAAGGAGAUUGAUGGUGGUGGAGGUUUGACACUAAACAUAGUAUUUAGCGAAAAUGCCUCCUCACAAACGCUCUCCUGUCUCUCUGUAUAAAGUUGAACCUCUCUUCCCCUUUCUUGUCAGCGUUUCAUUCUCAGUCACAAAUUCUUGAUUUUCCUCAUCUUGUCACUGUCUCGUCGUCUCCUCUUCCUGGUUCGGGUGGCACUCUUCGUUCUCAGAUUAAUUCAACUGGGUGAUCGAAAGUGAAGGCCACCGAUCUGGGUUACCAAAACCUUUACUUUGGAGGUUGAGAGGAUGAGGCAGCUGAAUCUUGAUGUGCAGAAUACAAAGUAAUCUUGUCGGUCUCAAGGGUGAAAACCAACGCUUCCAGGUUUCUCUGUCUCUGAGUUUAUCUCCUUACUAGUUUAUUUCCUUUGUUGGUAUCUCUCUCCUCUUUGCGUCCUCUAUCCAACCGGUCUCGAUCUUGAUUACUGCUUCUUAAACAAAAUCUCGUUUUGCUCCGAUGGAAACCGCCAUGGGGACCACCGUGAAGAACCAUUUGCACGAUGGAAAAAUCAAUACUUUCGUCGUUAAUAGGACUCCCAAUGCGCUCGUUUUGCGCAUUUUGUCGCGCUCCUUGUUCUUGAUCUUGGUCCUUGCCUCCUUGCCUUUCCUGCUAAAAGCUCUCAUAGGUUUAUCUUCCUCACCCAACGCUGCACAUGGCUCUCUGAAUGUGGAACAACUGGAUUUUAUUCUUGACAAUUUCGCCGACGAGGGUCUCCUCAAAGAUAACGACAAGACACUCCUUGUGAACUCUCCCGUUCCGAAUGGCUUUGACAAUGAGAUGCACGUUCUCAUGGACUCUGAUUCGGAGAGCAAGAAGUUGUUCGUGGACGAGUCUUACCAUUUUGUAUUAACGAAUGGCUCCAUCGAUGUCGACUUUAUUGACCGCAUUCUGAAAAUCAACGGCAUUUUGGCUUUCCCUCUGGGCCCUAAACCGUCAGAUUAUGCAUUCAGAGAAAAAGCUAAUUACAGAGUUGUUCACAUUAUGCGAUACGGGUUUCUUAUUGUCGGGUUGAAGAAAACUGGGCCAGCCAAGAGGAUGGAAGAUUCUGAUUCUUCCACCAAGAAGAAGCAGUUGGCGAAGGAGAGAAAGGCGCUGGAGGGUCUUGAAGAUGUUCAUUUGGAGCCUCCGGGAAAGGCUUGGGUUAAGUCGAGAAAUUACUCGAGUAGUAUAAAGUAUCUACCUGACGUGGUGGGUGAUUCUCUAGAAGGGUACAACCGGAGAGUGUUCAUCAGUGCAGGGUUGGCUGAGGAGAACGAGAGAGUGAUGGAAUGGUUCAACAGAAACUACCCGACGAAGAAUAAAAAGUUUGAGACUCACAGCCUGGUGGCGGCGCCGGAAAAGCAUUGUGAUGUUUCUGGUUGGUUAUGUAAGAAUGUGAGGGAGGAAGAUUAUGUGGUGAUGAAGGCAGAAGCAGAGGUUGUUGAGGAGAUGAUGGUGAAGAAGAGAGCAGUGGGUUUGGUGGAUGAACUGUUCCUGGAGUGUAAGAACGAGUGGUGGCACUCGGAGAAGACCAUGAAUGGAAGAGCGUAUUGGGAGUGUCUCACUUUGUAUGGGAGGCUAAGGGAUGCAGGAGUUGCAGUGCACCAAUGGUGGGACUAAUUCAAUGAAUUAAUAUCCAACAUUGAAGCUUCUACUGAGAUUAGUGUUGGUUGUAAAUUUUGAUUGUAAAUUUUAGAACUUAGAAAUUUACUUUUGUUUUCUAUGAGUAAAAUAGGUGCAAGUAACGAUUGUGAUUUGAGUCUGUUAAAUCGAAUAAGUUAUGGGUAUGCAUUAUUGGAGCAUUACGAAGUGAAUGAAGGCCAUGGAUGGUGAUGGAAGCACAAUAUGAAACUCAGCUAAGAGAGCAAGGUGUAGCAAGGAGAAGUGAAGACGUGACAAGUGAGAAAGUGAGCAUAGAAGAUGCGACUCAGACACAGAGAACAGUACCAACCACUUUAAGCUAUGGAUAUAUUUUUAAUUAAUUUCCUACCUCGCAUGUUUUAUAUUUUUAGCCGAAGUCUUUAGGAAAGUCAACGCACGAAGGCUAUUUAAAAGCCCUUCAUUCUCUUGUAAACAUUUUUUUCAUAUUGAAUGAAGUGAGUGAUUUCUAGAGUUAUAUAGAAGAGAUCCUUCCUUUCUUUUCUUUUUCUUUACUUCGUUUCUUAAGUUUCUCCAAGUGGUGUAAUGUCAUGCAUCAAU